AUGUCUCAAUUGCCUGCUGCGGUAGUGAAAUUAAACAUCGACGAAGUGCAAAAUUUAUUGCAGCAGGAUGGAGUGGACGUGAAUGCAAGAGACAGCCAUGGUAAUACAGCAUUACACCUAACAAAUAAUAUAUCGAUAGUUUCGCUGUUUAUAAACGCGGGUGCCGACCUAAACUUGCAGAACGAAGAUGGAGACACCCCUCUCCACAGGUCAUUUGUUCUAGAUCAGGUUAUGUUCAAAGAGUUCUUAUCAGAUCAUCGCAAAUUUUUAGAAUUGGUCACCGUGUUGUUAGAGGCUGGGGCAUCCCCAAACAUACAGAACAAACAUGGUUAUAACAUUCUUCAUUCUUUGUUUGUCUACGGCGGUAUUGCUGGGCUCUGCUUCGAGGCCUCGUUGAUUUACGAGUUCAUCGCCCUUCUUCUCAAAUUCAAUGUGGAUGUGAAUAUGCCAGAUUAUGAACGUUGCACUCCAUUGCAUCACGCCGUAGAAGAACGAAAGGUGCUCAAUGCUGAGCUGCUUAUGAGAUCAGGGGCUCAAAUUGAUGCUCGAGAUUUCCGCGGAAUGACAUCGUUACAGCAUUUGUUUCAAUCCGAUGACGAAGAAAUGAUCCAGCUUUUAUUGCAAAGCCAAGCUGAAGUGAAUGCACAAGAUGUUUAUGGACGUACAACUCUAUCUAUAGCAACAGAAGCUGGAAACCAUGUUAUGGUCCGAUUGCUUUUAGAGGAUCCUCGCAUCUCCAUCGACCUUGCUGACAAGAACGGUAUUACUCCUCUCCACCUUACAGCUGCCUUUAAACGCGUCGACAUCAUCGAAAUGCUCAUCCAAGCCUCCGCCGACGUGGAUGCGCAAGAUUAUCUAAACAGCACCCCUCUUCAUUACGCUGCCUAUGGAAGAACACCAGAAAUUGUUACUCAGUUAUUAGAGGCAGGUGCGAACGACAAGCUUGCAGACAAUGCUGGCUGGCUUCCAGUACAGUAUGCGUUGUCCAGGCACUAUUACCACACUGCUUUGAGAUUUGGCCGGGAAUUUCUUGUUGAUGUUGCGAACAAUGCAAAGCGCGGUGUGACAGUUUCAGGUGCUUCAGUUGAUAAUGUCAACGCUCAAAGCCUUCCAGCUGACGAUAUAUUAAACAUAGUUGUCGCUGCGUCAAACAUAUACUCAAAAGAAUUUGACUCGUCCGUGGUACCUCGAGAUUUGUUGGAUUUUAUGAGGGAGAAAUCUGCUGGGGAUAUUCCUGACUAUCUGCGCGAUAUGCACAUGGUGGAAGGAGUUGGUCUGGUACCCACGGAUUCGGUAGAAGUUGAUAGAAUUAGGCAGAGUGUAGAAGAUUUCAUGACUAAGUGGGCAGAGGAAAUAGCCAAAAUUGACAAGAGGUUCAAAGGCAAUUUGAUACCUUCUGGGAGUGUCUAUGAUGGAACGAGAGUUGGAGAUCCCGACGAAUUUAACUACAUGUUACUUCUCGAAGAUCUUGGCCGAAUGUGCUCGGUCACGUUCGAUGAAGACACUUUGUACAAUGAGGUGGUAAUUUACAAGAAAUUUAAUGAAUCGGGAGUGUAUGAGGACUUUUUUGAUGGAGAUCAGUUAGACAGUAAUAGUGUUAUGACCAAGUUUGUGAAUGAAGCCAGACAGGCAUUAGCGCGCCUUGCGGACCACACUCCGGCACCACUGGAGAUCUACAUCAAGGGCCUCACAAAAGACACCUUAGUUGAGAAUACAUGGACACUCAUAGGAACUGUCACAUGUAAUCUGGAGUUAAAGUGGGCUGGUUUGCAUUACAAGCAUUUGAUUAUUACCGUAGACCUGGUUCCUGCCAUUCCAGUGCCUCAUUGGCCUCUCAUAGCACGAAAAACGAGCAGAUUAUUGACAGACGAUAUCAAAUCUCGCGGCUGUCAUUUAGUUCCAAAGGACAGCUAUUGGAGGUUGUCGUUUUCUUUGCCUGAGAGUCUGAUAAUGGCCGGCCUAUCACAGGAACAGAAGUGUGCAUUUAUUGGCGCCAAAAUUGUUCUACACCCAGCUGUGUCUUGCAAGAUACUUGUAUAUGAUGAUGUUGAUCGCGUGUCCGUUGACGAAAACAAAGAAGGAUAUGAGUUUUCAGAGCAAGAAGAAGAAGACCUCGCCGGUGAUGCACAUCUCGCCAGUGAUGCUCAUGACAAAGAAAGAGAUUUUGAGCAUGUCAAGACCCUUCAACCUUUCGACAUUUUGUCGACCUACUUGAUCAAGAACUUGUUUUUUAAUUGCAUUGAAGAAAACGCGAAAGAAACAAGUGGAAAGACAAUCACAACAAGCCAGAUUUUUAGCAAACUGAUGGAGUUCUUGAGGGAAUCUCGCCCAAUUCCAUAUUAUUUUAUCCCAAAUCAAUAUUUCUCGGGAAUCGAUGAAGGUUCUUUAUUAGAAGAUAAUGGACGUGACAUUGUGUUAGUAGCUACCGUGAUCAACUCAAUACUAAAUGAAGGUUGA